GUAAUGCUCAGAGUAGGGAUUCCUGCGUGGAGGAAACCACAGUUCUACACUCAGAACCGUGCUAAUCGCUGCUCCAAGACAUUCGUUCAUUGUUCGCUUUUGACUCAAAUCCUUGGGUUUAGCGUGAAGGAUGUGGCGAGUGAUUCCCGCACUGACCUUGGUCAUCGUGGCAGCGGCAUUGCCUGCGGCGCAACAAGAUAGUGGUAGCCUCGACAGUCUCAUUGACCAAGCGUUUCCCGAGGCCAAGACAUCUCCUCCAUCCGUACCCCAGAUAGGCGGCGAUCUCGACAGUCUAAUCCAGGACGUCUUUCAAACCGGAAACGCCACCACUGUUCCAAGUGUAAUUCUUGGUACCAAUAACCAACCACCCCAAAAACCCGAAGACUGCGAGUGCGUGCCUUAUUACCAAUGCAAAGAGGGCAAAAUUUUGGAUAAUGGAAUUGGCAUCAUCGAUAUCAGGUCCGAUUUUGCUGAUAACAAUGGGCAGUCCCAGGGAGGUGUCGGGCCGUGUGAAAACUAUUUGGAUGUUUGCUGCAAACCACCAAAUAUACAGCCACCAUCCACGCCGCCAACAAUCAAUAGAAUCGGAUGCGGCCAGCGACAUCCCGAAGGAGUCGGUUUCAGAAUCACCGGCCAGACCGACAAUGAGGCACAAUUUGGCGAAUUUCCAUGGACAGUGGCUAUUUUGAAGGAAGAGGCCAUAGGAAACGACGGCCAGAAAUUGAACGUUUAUCAAUGCGGCGGAGCUCUUAUUCAUAGACAGGUCGUUCUUACCGCGGGUCAUUGCGUUAAUGGAAAGCAACCGAACGAGCUAAAAAUCCGCGCGGGCGAAUGGGACACGCAAACGAAGAACGAGAUCUUUCCGCAUCAAGACCGCGAUGUGGAGAAAGUUAUAGUUCAUGAGAAUUUCCAUUCGGGUGCACUCUAUAACGAUUACGCUAUCCUGAUCCUGAAGGAGCCAGUCGAAUACGCAGACAAUGUGGAUAUCAUAUGUCUACCAGAAACGAACGCGAUCUUCGAUGAAUCGAGAUGCUUUGCCAGCGGAUGGGGAAAAGAUGUAUUUGGCAAAGAAGGACGUUAUCAAGUGAUCUUGAAGAGGGUGGAACUUCCCGUGGUACCCCAUGAUACAUGCCAAAAUAUUCUACGUACCACAAGAUUAGGAAAAUACUUCGUUUUGGACAGAAGCUUUAUCUGCGCGGGUGGGGAAGCAGGAAAAGAUACAUGCAAGGGCGACGGUGGAAGUCCGCUGGUGUGUCCUUUAAGAAACGAUCCAAAAAGAUAUGUUCAAGCUGGAAUCGUCGCUUGGGGACUUGGUUGCGGUGAUACUGGACUUCCGGGCGUUUAUGCUAACAUAGCUUACGCUCGCCGAUGGAUUGACGAGCAGAUGGCCUUUCAUAAUUUAGAUAAUACAGUCUAUCAGUAUCCUAAUUGAUAACUGUUAUUAUCCGAUGUGCCAAUCGCGUGAAUUUGUUCGGAAUGAUUAAAUUACAUGUAUUGCGUUAAUGUAUGCGUUUUUAUAGAGAGUUUCUUGCGCUGAAUACAUCGAGAACAAAUGUGAUGGUUAACAAGAUGCAUGUUGACCUAAUACUCAUUGUCAAAUGAUAUAAAUUAGAGUAGUAUAAAUCUCUUUAAAGUUAAGAAUUGCGUGUUACAUUUUAUUUGUCGACGGAGUGACGCGUUUAAAUAUGACUAUAGAUUUAUGUAAUGAAUAAGCAUUAUAAAAAUCAAUGUAUAAAAUUUUAUAUGUGAAAUACAAGUCAGUAAUACAUUUUUAUUAUAAAUAGA